AUGUCCCCGAACAAUCGUCAAAAUGCCCAGAUGCAUGGUUUAGUUGGCAAACCUUUGCUGUAUUUCACAAGCGUUUUCGUAUCUUUAGGUGUCUUCCUGUUCGGCUACGACCAAGGAGUGAUGUCUGGUAUCAUAACAGGAUGGUAUUUCAAGGACUAUUUCAAUCAACCCUCACGAGCGGCAAUCGGUACAGUUGUCGCGAUUCUAGAAGUGGGGGCAUUUAUUUCAUCCCUACUUGUUGGACGAGUUGGUGAUUUGAUCGGCCGUCGCAAGACUAUCCUUUACGGGUCAAUCGUCUUUUUCAUUGGUGGCGCUUUCCAGACGUUUGCGACAGGAUUGCCUAUGAUGAUGGUCGGCCGUAUCAUCGCAGGAUUAGGCGUUGGAGCACUCUCUACAAUUGUGCCGGUUUAUCAGUCUGAGAUUUCGCCUCCCCAUAACCGCGGAAAGCUAGCGUGCAUUGAAUUUACAGGGAAUAUAUCCGGCUACGCUGCUAGUGUAUGGGUUGACUACUUCUGCAGCUUCAUAGAUAGCAACUACUCUUGGCGUCUCCCAUUGCUCUGUCAAUGCAUUAUGGGCGCUUUGCUUGGCGUGGGAAGUUUGAUCAUUUGUGAAUCCCCCAGAUGGCUACUAGAUAACGAUUUCGACGAGGAAGGGAUGGUUGUUAUCGCGAACCUAUAUGGUAAAGGCGAUUUGCACAAUGACAAAGCCAGACAAGAAUACAGAGAGAUCAAGAUGAAUGUCCUUCUUCAACGACAAGAGGGCGAAAGAUCCUACAGCGACAUGUUUCGGCGUUAUUAUAGACGGGUAUUGAUUGCAAUGUCAGCGCAGGCAUUGGCUCAGCUUAACGGAAUUAACGUUAUUUCCUACUACGCCCCACUCGUUUUUGAAUCAGCAGGGUGGGCUGGCCGCGAUGCUAUCUUAAUGACCGGCAUCAAUGCCAUAUCCUAUCUUGCUUCCACGGUCCCUCCGUGGUAUCUUGUCGACCGCUGGGGAAGGCGGCCUAUCCUACUCUCAGGGGCAGUGGCUAUGAUUGUGUCUUUGUCCUUGAUCUCGUAUUUCAUUUAUAUAGAUGUCACGGCAACACCAACGCUAACCGUCCUAUUUGUCAUGAUUUACAAUGCCGCUUUCGGUGCGUCAUGGGGCCCUAUACCAUGGCUCUACCCCCCCGAGAUUUUGCCCUUGAGCAUUCGUGCAAAGGGCGCCAGUCUUAGUACCGCUGCAAAUUGGGCCUUCAACUGGCUGGUUGGGGAAGUCACACCUGUCCUUCAAGCCGCGAUCAAAUGGCGUCUCUAUCUGGUCCAUGCUUUCUUCUGUGCAUGCAGCUUUGUACUAGUAUAUUUCCUAUAUCCUGAGACAAGUGGGGUCAGAUUGGAGGAUAUGAAUCUCUUGUUCGGCGAUGCGACUACUUCUAUGCCAACUCCAGCGACCCAAGCGGAGCGUGGCUCCUUGAUGAGUGCUGGCUCUCCUGUGCCUUCAUUCGAUAUUAGGCGGCAAUAUGGUCACUUGGGAGCGGAUAAUGCUAUCCCUGGACUAGACAUUGAUCCACCCAAUAUGAACCCUACUGCCUAUAACAAGUCUGUUAGAUCUGGUGAUCCGGAGGAUCAUGUUAGUCGACCAGAGGGAUUUGGUGGCUGGAUUUCGAAUAUGAUCUCUCGUCACAAGGGAUCUGGUUCAUCGGCACAAAAUAACCAGUAUAGCCGUCUUGGGCAAGAGGAAGAGAAUGACUAA